CCAAUGUGGCUACUGCCUUGUAUAUCUGCUCCAUGUAUUGUAGCCAUUACGAGCUACUUUUUUGUAAAAUGGCCUUUUCAAACUCCACUCUUACGUGCAUUGAGACCACCUCGCCAAAAUGAGCCUUGACAGUCUCGCUCUCCUAGAUAUCUUCCACUCUCUGUUCUCCUCUCGCACAUUCUCCAAGCUGAUCACACAGUCUCCAUACCCCUGCCUACUCUAUAUCUCCACCAGUUAUUUUUUGUUAUUCAGCUCUGGCCAUGAGUUCAACCUUUGACAUAGUAUACAAUACGCUUGUGGAUAACAAGCUCUCGGUCAGCUUCUUCAAUUCUAUCGGGCUCCCACGACUGGCCCCGUACUGGCCGUGUAUCCUUAUGGCUGCCGCAGCUUUCCAGCUGAUCUAUCUAGUUGUGGGCAUGCUUACAUCACUCAUCUUUUCGGGAAUGUGGGCGCGUCUGACCAAGGUGCAAAAAUACAAGUGGUGUGUCCGGAAGGCAUCGAUUGCUCACGCCGUCUUUAUUGUGACCCAAGCACUGGUAAUUAUUGCCAACAUGGAUCUCAGGAGGGAUCCAGUCCACGGCACGGAUCCAGUUGCUGAAAAGGCGUUCACUGUCACAAACCUGCACGUAAACGGCUGGGGCUUCAUGAUUCCACGCUGUGCUUACUAUGGCGCGUGCUUCAUGAUGUUUGAAGUCAGUACAAUCUUCCUCAACAUCCAUCUGGGUCUCAAUGACCUCGGAUGGACCGACUAUGUUGUCUCGAGCUUCUUCUUUGCGCGCCUGGUCUAUGGUACCAUGCUGACCAUCAAUGUCUGGCGCGAGUUGAGAAACACAACCAUCCCGAUCAGCCCGCUCGCCUCGGCAUACAUUCGACUUUCCAACCUGGUGCUGUUGACAAUGAGCUAUUACUGGUUCUACCUCAUCAUCAAGGAGACCAAGAACACGAUGGACAAGAAGGAGAAGAAAGAAAAGGCAUAAACUGAUACCAAGUGACAGAGAAAAGCUGCUUGUUCUGAAGCUUCUCGGUGGUAGGCAUGGCGUAGACAAAUAUCUUCAGAAUCAAGCAUCAUCAUUUCAUUUCCCACACAAAAGCGUUUAAAUACAACCAAGUCACCAC